AUGAAGCCUACUUCUUGCUGCCUUCUCCUCCCCAUCCUCCUGCUCCAGUUGGUGAUCCCAGGGGGCACUCAGUGUUCCUUAGACUCGAUUGUGGAUGAAAAGAUAAAUGAUGCUCUUCAAGAGUUCAAUCCUGCCCCACCAAAGAUGUCAUGUACCAGUGUCACCAAUUCUGGCAGACUGUCCUCUUGCCCUUCAGGGAGCGCCGUCACCGGCUGCGCUUGCGGCUAUGGCUGUGGUUCCUGGGAUAUCCAAGGGGAAGCCACGUGUCACUGCCAGUGCAGUGUGGUAGACUGGACCACUGCCCGCUGCUGCCGCCUGGUCUGA